AUGGGCGACAUCAUUCCUCAGUCUAUUCCUCGCUCUUCUCGAGCUUGGGCAGUUCCUGGCUCUACCAACAUCAUUCCCGCCAAAUUCCCCUCCGCUUCACCAAAAGCGCCUACAGAUCCGAUAGAAAUCGCCACCCGCGUUGUCAAUGCUUUCAACCAGGCGCUUAAGAGCAAAGACUUCCCCACUCUCUCACAGCUCUUCACCAAGGAUGGUUUCUGGCGCGAUCAUCUCGCACUGACUUGGUCUUUCCGCACAGUUCAGGGUCCUGAUAACAUUUUAUCGUUCCUCAAGACUUGUGCUGGAUCAAAGGAUGGCUUUCGGUUGAGCAAGAUUGGCCUUGACACUAGCUCGCCUGUGCGAAAGCCGCAGGUUCUUCCUAUUGAUGGGAAGGGCGAUGUGCAAGGUAUUCAGUUCUUCUUUGACAUUGAUACUGUUAUCGCUACAGGAUUAGGUCUAGCGAGAUUGGUGGAGGUUGAUGGACAGUGGAAAAUCUUCACAUUUUACACGCGCAUUCAAGAUAUCAAGGGUCAUGAGGAGUCUGUCAAUGAGCACCGACCUAGAGGUGUUGAGCAUGGCGGUAUGCCCGGACGCAAGAACUGGGCCCAGCGAAGAGCUGAAGCUGCUGAGUUCACCAAGGACGAUCCAGCCGUUCUCAUCGUUGGCGCUGGCCAAGCUGGUCUGACAGCCGCCGCUCGUCUCAAAAUGCUCGGCGUCGAAGCCCUAGCAAUCGACCAAAACGACCGCGUAGGCGACAACUGGCGCAAGCGAUACCACCAACUCGUUCUCCACGACCCAGUCUGGUACGACCACAUGCCCUACAUGCAGUUCCCACCCCAGUGGCCCAUCUUCACACCGAAGGACAAGCUAGCCCAGUUCUUCGAGGCGUACGCUACCCUUCUUGAACUCAACAUCUGGAUGAAGACUUCUCUCAUUGACACCAAGUGGGAUGAGGCUUCCAAGACGUGGACUGUUACUGUGGAGAGGACUAAGGAUGAUGGCACUAAGGAGAAGAGGACUUUCCAUCCUCGUCAUAUUAUUCAGGCUACUGGACACUCUGGAAAGAAGAAUAUGCCUGAUAUGAAGGGUAUUUCUGACUUUAAGGGUGAUCGACUUUGUCACUCUUCUGAGUUUUCCGGUGCGAAGGAGAAUAGCCAGGGUAAGAAGGCCAUCGUUGUGGGCUCCUGCAACUCAGGCCAUGACAUUGCUCAAGAUUUCCUCGAGAAGGGAUAUCACGUCACCAUGGUCCAGCGCUCCAGCACCCACGUCGUUUCCUCGAGAGCCAUCACCGACAUCGGUCUCAAGGGUGUCUACUGCGAAGACGGUCCUCCUGUCGAUGACGCUGAUCUUCUUGUCCACGGUCUUCCCAUUCCCGUCUUCAAAUCUCUUCAAAUCGAAACUGCCAACAGACAAGCAGAAUGCGACAAAGCCAUCCUCGAAGGUCUUGACAAGGCCGGUUUCAAGGUCGACCGCGGUCCCGAUGGAGCCGGUCUUCUUAUGAAAUACUUCCAGCGCGGAGGAGGCUACUACAUCGACGUCGGCGCCUCUCAACUCAUCGCCGACGGCAAGAUUAAGGUCAAGCACGGCCAAGAAAUUGAAACCGUUCUUCCCAACGGUCUUCGCUUCGCCGACGGUUCUGAGCUGGAAGCUGAUGAGAUUGUGUUCGCGACGGGAUACCAGAACAUGCGGACUCAGUCGAGAACCAUGUUUGGUGAUGCUGUUGCUGAUAAGGUGAAUGAUGUUUGGGGAUUCAAUGAGGAGGGUGAGAUGAGGACCAUCUGGCAGAAGAGUGGGCUUCCAGGAUUCUGGUUCCAUGGUGACCAUUCAAUGGACUGUUUUGAUCGAAAGUCCCUUAAUAUGGAACAGGACGUUACGAAGGAGGAGCCAGAGUUUGGAGAUAAAGAUGCCACUGCGGUUCCUCCCUGCCUGGUGCAAGCUCUAUCUAAAUAUGAAUAUUAA